AACCCAUUGCUUCCAGACGCGAUAUCAUAUUGACCCAAUACUUUUUCUUUAAGCAUAUAGCAAGUCUCCAAACAAACACGGUUUCAUUAUUCAGACCCGCCACAUUCGCUCACCCUAGUUUCCACAAGAAUACCAUCGCCAGGCUUGCAAUCCUCACGGUGCCUCUCUUAUUUUGAAGAGAAAUUGUACCCUUACCCACAGACCUCACACCCGAGUCCCCCAAUACUAGGAGGCUAACCAACUGGCUUCGUCAUCACUGGCACCUUAAUCCCAGUACCGUUGUAUUGCCCCGCAUGUCCACCAGCGAGUCACAUUUCUACUUCCACCUCCUACGCAUCAGCGUGGCACAGAUGUUGAAGAACGCGGGCUUCGACCGAUGUGCGCCGUCCACACUCAACUUGGUGACAGAUCUUUACACCCGCCAUCUAUCGCUUCUCUUGAAAGAGGCCCUCAAGCUCCUGGAACUCAGCGGUCGCGGCCAAGACCUCCAGGUCCAGGACAUUGCGCAGGCAUUUGUCAACAUCGGCUUGAUAAAACCCGUCACGCUUCUCGAUCCGUUCGACCACGUCUACAAGCGAGAGACGAGUAUCGAUUUGGACUCAAACAACUACAACGACGGGAUGAAGUUGUUCCUUGACUGGUCUACGGGUGACUGUCCCGAGCAGGCGCGGACCCUCAGUAGACCCACAAAGGAAAUGAUUGCGCUGGCAAAGAAUACCACGCUUGGGCUACCGAGCACCACCGUGCGGGAGAACCCAAAUAACCCUUUGAGACCCGUCUCCUCGUUUGUAAUCCCCAGUAGCAGUCAUCUCCAGGACAGUUCAGCCAUGACGCCUGGUUCCUCCUUCCAUUCAUUGGACCUUAGCUCCAUGCAGAUGGCCAAAACUCCGGCCGCCCCAGAAGAGGAGUUUUCCGACCAUGUUGACUGGUUUGCGUACCUCAUGAUGAAGCAGCACGGCAAGCUCGGUGCGGAGACCAGGUUCCAGGGAACCAUCUUAGAGCCGUUAGAAAAAUCUGCGAAGGAUGCAGUGGCCGCCAAUAGCGACUUUAUCAUUCUCGGCGAGACUCCGGAAACGUUAAUCGACUGUUUACCGUAUACCCAGCAUUUGGAUAUGAGCGACGAAGAGUAUUAAGACAGGGGUGAGCGAAAGGGUACCCCGAGAUAUGCUUAUUUUGCUUCUGAUUCUAAACGCCUGUCAAUACCGCUAUCCGGCUUUCGAAUCUCCCGUGAACAGCCAGACGCAUAGGUCUGAGCUUGGAAACUUGAUUGGUCGGAUAUAUGACCUAACCGGCUUUGAUGGCCUAUCCUGUUUAUGUUUUUGGUUCCGUGACGAAACCCUGAAUGUAUAAGUAAUGAUUUAUGAUACGCAGUUGCAAGGUACGCACAGACGUGCUAGUUCAAGUGCAUUCACGUGGUGAUCUAAAUGGUCACUUUUGGAUCCACAAUAUGACAAAAUCGUAGUUUCGUGGUGGUUUAUCACUGGUAAAUAAGCCAAGUUUAG